UCACCUCGAAUUCCGGCGCAUAGUUUGUGCGAAGGCGAAGGCUUCAUUGCCAAUUGUUUAGCGCGCACUCAAAUCAGUACGAACUUGGCACGAGCCGUGAGCGGUGGUGACAACACUUUUUUUGGUGGCACAUCCAAAAAAUUCUGGUUGUCUCCGCAUAACGGCAACCACAAAUACACAAGCGAAACUUAAAAACAAAAACGAAAAAACAGCACGAAACGACAUCGGCAACGAUAGAAUAACACGAUAACGACGACGUUAAUGCCGACGCGCAGCGAGGCGUAAAACGUGCGAUAACAACAACUGAACGAAACGAAGACGACAACAUGCCCGUACAUUGGGACUACGAUUGGGAUUGGCCGCACGAUCACUUCUGGCACUGGCCGUCGACACGCCUGGGCUGGCCCUUCGAUAGUUUCAGCUAUCACGCCAGGUGUCCGACAUCGCGUCGCUGGAAGUCGACCUUCGCACACCGCGACUACGAUGUGGAUGUGUGCGCACGUGACUGGCAUAUGCAUCACUGGUCGGACGAUGGCCCGUGGUGUCAUCGCUCGUGUUUGGCCAGUCGUACGUCCAUCGAGACGGGCGAUGAGCCGGACAGCAAUGGCAAGGGCACCUUUAAGGUUGUCAUCGAUGUGCAUCACUUCCGUGAUGACGAACUCGUUUUGAAGGUGCGCAACAAUGACACCGUCAUUUUGACGGGCAAACAAAAGGACGAUCGCGGUGAGAAGAGUAAAUUCUGCAUUACACGUGAAUUUACGCGCAAAUAUAAAUUGCCACGGAAUUACGAUGCCACUUUGGCCAAGGCAACACGUUCCACCGAUGGCAUUCUGACAAUUAUAGUGCCACCGCCACCACCGUUGGACGACUUGGAGCGCUUGGUGGAUAUCGAGCCGACUGGCGCUUACUUCGGCACCACUGCCACUGAAACGGAGAAAGACGCAAAGGCGAUUGAGAAUGGCGCAGAGAAUGCGGAGUCGGCUGAGGAGCACGAUACUGCUGGUGAUAAAUCAAAGAAAGCGCGUUUCGAUUCCACGGACGAGUCAAAAUGAAACGCAACCCAUGCUGCUGCCGCUUACACUGGCGCAAAAUGGCGUGGUAACUUCAAGCGGCGCUUCAAGGAAUUUUGGUCGAAAAAACGGUGUAUUACCAAGCAAGAUUAUAAAGCGAUGUGUUAGUGAGCAGCGGCGGUGAUGGUUUAGUGGUAUUAAAUUUUUCGCAAAUGCGAAAUUCAACGUGAAAGGAAAAAGAAAAAAUUUAAAGUCUCGACCUUUAACUUAAACUAUGCACAGUGUUCUUUAAAUCACCCUUGUAUGAAUCUAGUAAAUAUCUCUGUGGCACUAAGGUAGCUAACACCAGCCAAGCGCUGUAAUCUAACUUAAAUAUUCUAUUUAGUGAAAUCUUAAUUACGUACUAUAUACUACAACUACUUUAACGGAAAUACAAUGAUGCUAUAAAAAUACUUAACUUACGUCUUAGUUUCUAGUCUAAUAUACUAUCGGUCUCUCAAAAAGAAAAAAACUUAAAAUUAUAACAUCUAGUGCUAAUUAAUAACAAAAUAAAUCAAUAAAAAAAUAAAUAAAAAUUGGUGCUUAGAGAACCUCUAAGAACAC